AUUGAGGUUGGUGUUUACACUUGAACGGGAACAGGAGUGUUGGUUUGUGUGGUUGCAAGAGCAAGGAUGCCUCCGAAGCAGUUUAGAGGCUCCUCUAUGGGCCAUUUUGUGAAGAACGAUAGACGUACGAGGGACCCACAGUUUAGGUCUCCCAAGGACGACGCGGUGUCGAGAUUGGAGAAAGUGAAGAAGAACGAUAUGAUUGAUUCGAUGAUGGGGUUUGACAGAUUUGAGUCAGGUCCAACGAGGACCGGUUGGCUUAUCAAUAUGCAUGCGACGACGAUACCUACGCAGGAUUAUAUCGCUGGUCUGUCAGGUGCUGAUUACUACUUCUUGGAUGAAGAAGGCGGUACCUUUAAGGCAACUAUCCAACUGGACCCCUAUUUCUUCAUAGUUUGUACGCCAGGGUUUGAGGGUGACGUUGAGGAGUACCUAAAGAAGAUCCUGGAGCGCUGCAUCAAAUCUGUCUCCAGGGUGGAAAAGGAAGAUCUCUCCAUCCCAAAUCAUUUGAUUGGUAUCAAGAGAUCUUUACUGAAGUUGAGCUUCCCAAAUCAACAAGAUUUGAUGGAUGCAAAGAGAAUGUUGCAGCCCAUUGUCAAAGAUAACGAGAGUAAGAAGGAAACGAAGGAGAUUUACUCCGCCGUGAACACAAAUUACAAGGAUGAGUUUGCCAUUGGUGACACGACAAUUCAUCUUGGCGACGUUUCAGAGUACAUUGAAGAUAUGCGUGAACAUGACGUUCCAUAUUGCACAAGAGUCUCCAUUGAUAAGGGAUUAAGAGUUGGUAAAUGGUAUAAAGUCUCAGCUGAACAUGGCGAGAUUGAAUGUGAAGAGAUACCAGACAAAAUUGACUUUGGUGAUACAACCAUCUUGGCUUUUGACAUUGAAACUACAAAGAGACCUCUGAAAUUCCCUGACAGUGCCACUGAUCAAGUAAUGAUGAUUUCCUAUAUGAUUGACGGUGAUGGUUUCUUAAUCACAAACAGAGAAAUCAUCUCAGAGGACAUCGAGGACUUUGAAUAUACUCCAAAACCUGAGUACCCUGGUUUAUUUACUGUUUUCAACGAACCAGAUGAAAAGGCAACUCUACAAAAAUUCUUCGAACAUAUAAGGGAGGUAAAGCCUCAUAUCAUUGCAACCUUUAACGGUGACUUCUUUGAUUGGCCAUUUGUUGAGGCGAGAGCAGCAGUUCAUGAUUUGAAUAUGUUUGAUGAAAUUGGAUUCGCAGUUGACAACGAAGGUGAAUACAAAUCAACUUACUGUGCACAUAUGGAUUGUUUCAGAUGGGUCAAGAGAGAUUCAUAUCUACCUCAGGGUUCACAAGGUUUAAAGGCUGUUACUACUGCAAAGCUUGGAUAUAACCCAAUUGAACUCGAUCCUGAACUUAUGACACCAUAUGCUUAUUCAAAGCCUCAAACAUUAUCAGAGUACUCUGUCUCUGAUGCUGUCGCUACGUACUAUUUGUUCAAGAAGAUCAUUAAUAAUUUCAUUAUCGCUUUGGGUGUUAUCGUUCCAUUAAACCCCGAUGAACUGCUGAGAAAGGGUACUGGUACUUUAUGUGAAAUGCUUUUGAUGGUGCAGGCGUAUGGAAGUGAUAUUCUCCUUCCAAAUAAACAUAUGGAUCCUCCAGAAAGAUUCUACAACGGUCAUUUACUGGAAUCUGAAACAUAUGUUGGUGGUCACGUUGAAUCCUUGGAAGCUGGUGUUUUCAGAUCAGAUUUGGAGAGUGAAUUCAAGAUAGAUCCAACUGUUAUUGAUGAGCUUUUAGGGGAUUUGGAAAACGCUUUGAAGUUCAGUAUCGUGGUUGAAGGUAAACAGAAACUCGAAGACGUCACGAACUUUGACGAGAUCUAUAACGCAGUGAAGGAGAAACUAUUGCACUUGAAGAAUAACCCAAAGAGGAAGGAGAAACCGCUAAUCUAUCACGUCGAUGUUGCAUCAAUGUAUCCAAAUAUCAUGUGCUCUAAUCGUCUACAGCCUGAUUCGAUGAAAUCAGAAAAGGACUGUGCUGCUUGUGACUUCAAUAGACCAGGGAAGAACUGUGAUAGAAAGAUGACCUGGGCUUGGAGAGGUGAAUUUUAUCCAGCAAAGAUGGACGAGUACAACUUGGUGAAGAGAUCUCUUCAGAAUGAAACUUUCCCACCACGAUUCCCUAAUCAACCAAGACGUGUCUUUGAAGAUUUGCCGUAUAGUGAACAAGUGACGCUGAUCAAGAAAAGACUCCAGGAUUAUUCUCGUAAAGUUUAUCAUAAAGUGAAACAGACCGAAACCAUUACGAGAGAAUCCAUAGUUUGUCAAAGGGAAAAUCCGUUCUACAUCAAUACUGUCAGAGAUUUUAGAGAUAAACGUUAUGAGUUCAAAGGUCUCGCAAAAGUGUGGAAGAAGAAGUCUGCUGGUAAGGACAAGCAUGAGAAGGAAGAGUGUCUCAAGAGAGCUGUGUAUUAUGAUUCGUUACAACUAGCUUUCAAGGUUAUUCUCAAUUCCUUCUAUGGGUAUGUCAUGAGAAAGGGAUCAAGAUGGUAUUCCAUUGAAAUGGCUGGUAUCACAUGUUUGACAGGUGCUACGAUUAUUCAAAUGGCAAGAUCUUUAAUCGAAAGAUUGGGGCGACCUCUGGAACUGGAUACUGAUGGUAUAUGGUGUAUCAUUCCUAGUUCAUUUCCUGAUAACUAUACCUUUGACUUGAAGAAUGGUAAGAACGUCUUCCUAUCCUAUCCUUGCUCUAUGUUAAACUACUUGGUUCACGAGCGAUUCACGAAUCAUCAAUAUCAAACACUCGUGGAUCCUAUUUACAAAAAGUACGAUACACAUAGCGACAAUUCUAUUUUCUUUGAAGUUGAUGGCCCUUACAAGGCGAUGGUGCUUCCAACCUCGAAGGAAGAGGGUAAAGGUUUAAAGAAACGUUAUGCUGUUUUCAACGACGAUGGUACCUUGGCUGAACUUAAAGGUUUUGAGCUCAAGAGAAGAGGUGAGCUACAGCUGAUCAAAAACUUCCAGUCUGAUAUCUUCAAACUUUUCCUUGAAGGUGAUACGCUUGAAGAGUGCUACGGUGCUGUUGCCAAUGUCGCCAAUCGUUGGCUAGAUGUUUUGGAUACACAGGGAAGAAAUUUGGAAGAUGAUGACCUCUUUGAGCUUAUCUGUGAGAACAAGUCCAUGAGUAAGAGUUUGGCCGAGUAUGAAGGUCAGAAAUCGACGUCGAUUACGACGGCAAAGAGACUUGGUGAAUUUCUUGGUGCUGAGAUGGUUAAAGAUAAAGGUCUUGCAGUGAAGUAUAUUAUUUCAGAGAAACCAUUAAAUGCACCUGUGACAGAAAGAGCUGUGCCAGUCUCCAUCUUUUCCUCAGAGUUGUCAGUGAAGAGAAACUUCUUGAGAAGAUGGUUGCUAGAUUCUCAACUUGAAGAUUUCGACCCUAGAAACAUCAUUGACUGGAACUAUUACAGAGAACGUCUUCAAUCUGUUGUUCAAAAGAUUAUCACUAUUCCAGCAGCUUUGCAAGAUGUGGACAAUCCUGUUCCGAGAGUUGACCAUCCAGACUGGCUAAAGAACAGGAUUCUCACCAAGAACGAUAAAAAUAAGCAAUCUUUACUCACAACUUUCUUCUCAGCUACUAAAACCAAUCCAGUCAAUAUUGUGAAGGAUAUUGAAGACAUUGGUAAAGAUAACUCGAUUAGUGGUAAGCCAGCUUUUGGAAAAGUUACCUCCAAGAAAAGAAAGCAGCAGCAUCGUGAAACUGAAGACCCUACUGAAGAGGAAAUCAACUUAAUGAAUGGCCCGUGUCCUUCAAUCGAUGAUGAUUACGUUGGGUUCUUGAACUAUCAGAAACUUAAGUGGAAAGUCAACCAAAAUGAGAGAACCAGAAGGAAAAAGCUGUUUGGUGACACGGUGGAGUCAAGUCACCGCUCAACAGUUGGAGCAAUGGUUCGCAAUCAAGCUGAACACUUUGUCGGUUCUAAUUGGGAGAUCCUGCAGUACAAACUCGAUUCUAAUCCAGGCGAUGUAAGAGCUUUCGUUCUCAUUGACGGUAAAAUUCAGUCUUUUAUAUUCCAUGUCCCAAGGAAAAUCUACCUGAAUUGGAGAAAUGAGUCUUUUCCUGAUCGGUUGAUUCCUGAAAGCGAAGUUGAAAGGGUGGCGAGUAUCCUACCAAAUGGUAUUGAUGUCAAAAAUGUGUUCAAGUUGACUAUGCCAGAGACUGUUUACCAGGAUGAGGUUAACAGAGCAGGCAGUUUGUUCAACAGCCCAGAUGCAUGUGGGUUGUUUGAAUCUCAUAUUCAGCCAACAGAGCGUGUAAUUAUUGAACUGGGUAAUACGGUGCUCUUCAACAGUUCUCAAGUUGGUGCCCUGGGUAAGGCAUUGAAGAAUGGCUUUGAUAUGAAAUCGUUUGCUAAAAUUGAUAACUCACAUUAUCUGAACAAGUUGGCCCUGCCAUUGGUGUACCUUUUCCACAUCGUAACCAAUGAGUAUCAGGUUUUCACAUUAUAUCAAUCAUGGAAUCAGAUUACCCGUAUAUUUGUCCUGAAGCCAACUAGAAAUGCACAGGAACUUACAGGCAAUAUUGAGAAAGUUUACCAAGAUCAGUACCACAAGAAGUCCAAAAAGUUGCAGGAGUAUAUUGGGUUAUUGAAGUAUCAAGAACAUAUUGAGUUUGAAACAACCUACUUUGAUGACAUAUCAAAGCUAUACAGAAAACUCAAUAGUUUCAUCAACAAGAUCAGUGACGAGACGCCUGCAAGACCUCUUUUCGUUGUUCAGUCUCCUCAGUCAUCCAAGCUGUUGAAGAUCUUCAAAUCGAUCUCAGAAUUCCCAACCAUCAAUAUGAAGGCAUCAGAGAUACAACUUCCUGCUCUUGGGUGGCAGCCUCUUGUUAUCAAGAGAAUCUGUAACCAUAUUUUGUCAUUGGCACCCUGGAUUCAUCACUUGAGAAACAUGGCAAAGUAUGGUAAUGUUCCGCUUUGUAACUUGAAGACAACAUCCAUGGAUUAUCUUAUUGAUAUUGAAUAUGCGAGAAGACUCAAGAAUAACGACAUCGUGUUAUGGUGGUCUCCUAAAUCAAUGCCAGACUAUGGUGGUGCUGAGAAAGAUGUUUUAGCCGUGGAAAAUGAGGACCAUGACUUCCCUGUUAUCAAUAAUCCGGAGAUCUAUGAAACAGCCUGUAUUGAAAUUGAUAUUGACAACUUGACAAUUAAUACACUCCUUACGUCCGCUCUUUUGAAUGAUGCAGAGGGUACCUCCAUGGCUGAUGUGCAAUUGGCUGAGAGUUGCAACAAAGGCGCCUCAAUCUUGGCUGAAGACUCCUUCUCUGGUCCAAGUCUGAAUAUUUUGAGAUCCAUGCUGAAAGACUUAUGGGAUGAUGCUAUGAAAAACAACACCAAUGCUGAUGCUAUGGUUCAAACCUUUGUUUCUUGGGUUCAAAAUAAAGACUCGUUCCUAUUCGACUCUUAUCUGAAGCACUACGUUUUCAACUUGGCCAAGAAGUCACUAUUGCAAUUGGUUGGUGAAUUUGCUAAGCUUGGAUCUACAGUGAUAUUUGCAAACAGGUCAAAGAUCAUCUUGAAGACUACUAAAGUCUCUGUUGAAAACUCUUAUGCAUAUGCUCAAUACAUUGUGAAAGCUGUGAGAUCAAGACCUUUGUUCAACUUUCUAGAUCUAAAAAUUGAGAAAUAUUGGGAUCUACUGAUUUGGAUGGACCAAUACAAUUUUGCUGGAAGAGCGUGCUUGGAUAUUUCUGAACAAGAGGAACAAGAGCUCAUUGGAAUAUCCAAGUGGCAGAUUAAAGAUUACUUACCACCUAUUUAUCAGCCAGAGUUUGAGGAUUGGCUAGUGAUUUUCCUAGACUCACUAAUUAAAGCCAAGGCUGAGGAUAGGGAAGCCUAUCCAGGCACACCGAGAGUCACGCAGAUCGCCAAUAUCUUGAGAAAUAAAGCCAAUAAGGAUAAUGUACAGCAAGAAGAGACCCAGUCUCAGCUGACCAAUCUUUUCAGAAACCCACUUCUGAAACGUUUGAGACAACUGGUUCGUAAUCAAACCAGUGCCAUCUUGGACUCCGGUAUGAGCGAUGAGUACUCCUUCCCUGAACCACCAGGAUACCAUAUCCACAAGACAAGUCCAUUGUUAGAACUAGUGAAGUCUUUAUGUGCAGUGUUCACUCUCUCCAAGUCUCGUACCUUAGAGAUGAGACUGUUGAGAAAAGAAAUGCUCGAAGUGCUUGAAGUGAAGGAGUUCUCCAAAGAAUCUUUGUUCGAGAACCCGAGCGAUUCAUUGUUGCUUCCCGGUGUAUUGUGUGAAUACUGUUACCAUAUCAAAGACCUUGACUUCUGUCGUGACAACCCGAAGGUCCUAUGGUCAUGUGAGGUCUGUGAGAAGGCGUACAGCAAGGCAAACUUGGAGUUGGGUCUGAUUGAAUGGUUAGAAAAACUUGUUUUGAAUUAUUAUACUCAAGAUUUACAAUGUGGAAAGUGCCAUACUAUCAAAGAAGAUGAAAUGUCUAGUCAUUGUUCUUGUUCUGGAAUGUGGGAGGAAACAUUGCCAAAGGAAGAUGUUAGAAAGAAGGUUGAGACAUUUGAACAUGUUGCUGACUAUUACGAACUUAAAUUAUUAAAAGAUCACAUAGAAGAGGUCUUUUGAAUGGAUAUUUAUGGCUAACUGCCUUUUUUGGUGUAGAUGUUGUAUCACAUAAGACUCUAUACAGAUUCAUAAGCUGGUUUACUUGGUGGGAGUUCGAACAGCUUGAAAUAAUCAACUGUGACACCAUUCAAGUUUGCUUCUCCUUGAACUGGCGUCUUCCACAAGUUCCGGAGCUUCAAAGUAUCAUCGCCAGAAGCAAACCAGAAAUCAACACAGUUUUGCCUGAGUCCAUAGUCCGUGUC